AGCGAGUGUCGACGUAUCCAGAACGGCUGGCAGAGGCGAGCAGGCACGCACAAUCUGCACUGGCACCGGAGCGGCUGAAGCAAGGCAUUUCACGAGGUUGUCCAAAUGACUUCUACAGCAGUUGUUAUCGUCUCCGCUGCGAGGACCGCAAUUGGGUCCUUCAAUGGUGGCCUGUCUACUUUGCCUCUGCAUGACCUGUGUGCUGUGGUGAUCAAGAACGUUCUGAAGCGGGCUGGGGUGAAGCCAGAAGAGGUGUCCGAGGUUAUCGUGGGACAUGCACUAACAGCAGGUCAUGGGCAGAAUCCGGCACGCCAGGCCAGUGUGAAGGCGGGCAUCCCAUACCCGGUCCCAGCCUGGAGCUGCCAGAUGGUGUGUGGCUCAGGACUGAAGGCUGUGUGCCUUGGAGCCCAGUCCAUCCAAACCGGAGAGUCCACUGUGGUGGUGGCAGGGGGUAUGGAGAGCAUGAGCAGGACCCCACACACAUUGCAUAUGAGGACAGGAAUAAAGAUGGGCGAUGCCUCCCUUCAGGACUCCAUGGUUGCCGAUGGCCUGACUGAUGCUUUUCAUGGCUAUCACAUGGGCAUAACAGCGGAGAACGUGGCAAAACAGUGGUGUGUUAGUCGCGAGCAACAGGACCAGUUUGCUGUCCAGUCCCAGAACAAGACGGAGGCUGCCCAAAAAGCUGGAUAUUUUGACCAGGAGAUUGUGCCAGUUGUGGUGCCAUCCAGAAAAGGUCCAAUAGAGGUAAAGGUUGAUGAGUUCCCUCGGCAUGGCAGCAGUGUGGAUGAAAUGUCCAAACUCAGGCCUUGCUUUAUCAAAGACAACAGUGGCACAGUCACUGCUGGUAACGCUUCAGGCAUUAAUGAUGGAGCAGCAGCAACUGUCCUCAUGAGUCAGUCAGAGGCGGAGAGGCGGGGCUUAAAACCCAUGGCCAGAAUCAUCUCAUGGGCUCAAGCUGGCCUCGACCCGUCAGUCAUGGGGAUGGGACCAGUACCAGCCAUUAGGAAAGCGGUUGAGAAAGCCGGUUGGCAGAUGGAGCAGGUUGACCUGUUUGAGAUCAACGAAGCAUUUGCUGCCCAGUCCAUUGCUGUGGUCAAAGAGCUCGGUCUGAACAUUGACAAGGUGAAUGUGAGUGGAGGCGCCAUCUCUCUGGGCCAUCCCAUAGGCAUGUCUGGGUGCAGGGUGCUGGUGACCUUGCUGCACGCGCUCCAGAGGACAGGAGGUCAAAGGGGCGUGGCUUCCCUUUGCAUCGGUGGAGGGAUGGGCAUUGCCAUGUGUGUGGAGAACAUGUGAGUUGAUAAAAUGCAGCUGCUGUACAGACCGCAUUCAAGAUCACAUCACUGACCUCAGUGUUGGAAAAGGGAUGCUACUCCUCAGUAUGUUAUUGCACUGUGAAAACGAUUUAAGAGUAAACGCUUAACUUAGUUCCUUGCUUUGUAAUUGAGCAAGCGACUUUGUGAAUUCAGGGUCAUCUGUCAUCUUAUCGACAUAACUGGUACCUAAUCAGGCGGGGAUUAAUUAUUCUGUUAUAUUGCUGUCACGCGAACACAACUUUAAGGGAAUGCUGAUUUUGAAAUCUGAACCUACUGAUAUUCCAUCUUUGCACUUCAGUGUUUAGUUUGAGGUUAACACUACAUCCCAGUUGGCAUGUUUGUAAAGCUAGAAUAAGUCAAGAGUCCAUGUCCUUAGAAUAGGAACAUGGUACUUCUGUUAUACAUCAGGUAUAAAUAACAAUUUUUUGUUCUCCAACUAACUUCUGCCAUAAUCAUGCCCCCGCUAGUCCCCCGUGUGUGUCACAGGUGUUUUCACUAUUCUCAGUGGAUGAUAGUUUUUGGGGACAUGACAUGUUCAAAAUCAAGGCAAAAUGGCAUAAUUUUGUCCUUUCUGUUGGAACAUUCUUCAUGAGAAAAAAAAAAACUACCUCUCAAAUCCUGUUUCCAUUAACCUCAAACCGACAGUCCAAAAUGUGUUUUUUGAUAAAGGCAAUGGAUCAGAUUGGUACUCGUGCAACAUAUGCCAUAACUUCCGUGCACAAAAUCGUUGUCAAUGGUGAAAGAGUAAUAUCGGUGCAUCAUCAAUAUCCAUUGAACGCUUGCGUGUGUGUUAAUGAUCAUUGAUAACUUCUCCAAUUUAGAGUCAUGGUGCCUUAAAAAGCACAUCAGUUGCAGGGCGUGGUUAUGGCAGAAGUUAGUCGAAAGAAAAAAACCCACUAUUAAAACAUCUCUGUAGUAUCCUUCAUUGAAGCGUAUAUGACAAUGUUGACAUUUUUAUUUUGCAUGAAUGUUCAUAAGGUUCACAAAUAGUAGGGCAGUGCACAUUUCUCACAACAAAUAACUGAAAAAUUAAAAUAUCAUUGGCUUUAUAGACUUAUUCGUCUGAUGUGCCAAGUAUUCUUAUUUUGUGGAAGACUCCUCAUACUUAAACAUUCCGCCAGCUAUUGACCACCUUUCUCAGAGGUGGACUACAGAUAUGAAUUAUGCUCAAGUGCCCGUAGGCCCCAACUUUAGUUCAAUGGGGUUGAGUACAUCAAGUCUGUUAUAACCUUAUGUUUCCAUUGUUGUGAAUGAGAAU